CGGACACUUGACUUUCCAUGUGAUACAAACACUACUUCCUGCACGGCUCAGUUUAGAGCUUCAGCAACAAAUUGAAGUUGGAUGUUGUUCUUUUGCAUUUUGGAUUUUAAUGGCAGCUGGUGUGUUCUCAAGUCUCUGAAGCCACAGCAGAGAGAAGAAAAGACGAGUUAUGGGUUUUAAAGUAGCAACAGUUGGAAUCCUUUUCUUCUUUCUCUCUGUAUCAGUGAUACAGGGUCAAAAUAACCGGGCAGUGACUUACACCUCUACUCAGAUCUGUGCCUUAGCAGGAUCAACAGUGGACAUACGCUGCAGCUACACGUACCCAUCCGGAGGAAAUGAUCCAGCUACAACAGUUACAGAAAAAUUAUGGUUCACGAAAGGAGGUGAUUUUGCACCAGUGGAUCUGACAACAGAUGCAGAGUACGCAGGUCGUGUACAGUACAGUUCUACUGACAAGGACUGCACUCUGAGAAUCACAGACCUGAGAGAGAGCGACUCAGCUGUGUACAAGUUCAUGUUCAUAACACACCAACCUGAUGGGAGAUUUAUUGGUUCACCUGGAGUCACUCUGUCUGUCACAGCUCUCCAGGUGAGGUCCAAGGUCUUCAAACCAAGUGUAUCAAGUGUCCAUGCAGAGCUGUCUUGUGAAAGCACAUGUCAGCUACCUGGUCCUCCGACCUACUUCUGGUAUAUAAGUGGAAAGAGCUCGAUCAAAGGACAGACAAAGGAAGGAAAAACUUACGAAACUAACUUUUAUUAUAAAGACAGUUUUGCCUGCGCUAUAAGAGGAUUUGAAGAAUUUGCAUCUCGUCCAGAGUGUGCCCAUAACAGAUACUGCAACAUAGUGUCCUACAACAAGAGAAGCAUUUGUGCCUUCAAGGGCUCAUCCGUGGACAUUUCUUGCUCUUACUAUGGCUAUGAACUAGGCUUAUAUCUUGAAUUCAAAUUCUGGUUCAGCCCUGGACGCAGUCAUCAGUGGCAGAAUCCUUCACAGCCUGAGGACCUUACUGGAGACCCUCGGUACGCAGGUCGUGUUCAGUUUAAGGUAUCGGGAAGAGUGGCAACAGAGAGAGGACUUGCAACUCUGAGCAUCAAUGACCUGAGAGAGAGCGACUCAGCCGAGUAUCGCUUCAAAUUCAAAGCACAACGCUUUGAAUGGCAGACUGAUUUACCUGGUACAACGCUGACUGUCGCAGCUCCCCGGGUGCAAGUGACAAAAGCAGUGGUCCAGCAGUCUGUUACUGAGGCAGAGUUGAGGUGUCAGAGCAGCUGCAGUCCAGCUGGUCGUCUCUCCUACGUCUGGUUCAAGAACGGAGAGAUUGUCAAAGGAGUAACGUAUUCUUACAGAGGCCAGUUUCAUCUUGAAGACAUCAUCUCCUGUGCUUUCAAAGGAUAUGAGAAUCACCGCUCUCCUUCAGUCUAUGCUCCAAAGCUUCCCUCUGUGUCAGCGCGUCCCUCGGCUGACGUAGCAGAGGGCAGUUCAGUGACUCUGACCUGUAGCAGUGAUGCUAACCCAGCAGCUAAAUACACCUGGUACAAGGAGAAUGGAAAUCCAGACCUUAAACCUCUCAGUAAUAAACCACAGCUUGUCCUCAGCUCAGUCCAGUCCUCUGACUCCGGACAGUAUUACUGCACAGCUGAAAAUGAGUUGGGGAGGAGGACGUCUGGAUACAUCUUUAUCAGUGUGAAGUAUGCUCCAAAGCUUCCCUCUGUGUCAGUGAGUCCCUCUGCUGAGAUAGUGGAGGGCAGUUCAGUGACUCUGACCUGUAGCAGUGAUGCUAACCCAGCAGCUAAAUACACCUGGUACAAGAAGAAUGGAAAUCCAAACCUUAAACCUCUCAGUACAGAACCACAGCUUGUCUUCAGCUCCAUCCAGUCCUCUGACUCUGGACAGUAUUACUGCACAGCAGAGAACGAGCUGGGGAGGAGGACGUCUGAAUCCAUCUCUAUUGAUGUGAAAUAUGCUCCAAAGCUUCCCUCUGUGUCAGUGAGUCCCUCUGCUGAGAUAGUGGAGGGCAGUUCAGUGACUCUGACCUGUAGCAGUGAUGCUAACCCAGCAGCUAAAUACACCUGGUACAAGAAGAACCAAAAUCUGCCUCAAGGACCAGAAGGCAUCUAUCAUUUCACCUCCAUCAGCUCUGAGGACAGAGGACUCUACUACUGCAAGUCUGAGAAUCAGUAUGGAUGGAUCAGCUCUGACUCUUUGUUCAUAGAUGUCCUGUAUGCUCCAAAGCUUCCCUCUGUGUCAGUGAGUCCCUCUGCUGAGAUAAUGGAAGGCUGGUCAGUGACUCUGACCUGUAGCAGUGAUGCUAACCCAGCAGCUAAGUACACCUGGUACAAGGAGGACCAAACACUGCAUCAUGGACAAGAGGGUAUUCAUCAUUUCACCUCCAUCAGCUCUGAGGACAGAGGGUUCUACUACUGCAAGUCUGAGAAUCAACAUGGACGGAUAAAGUCUUCAGGUCGAUUUAUAGAUGUCCAGUAUGCUCCAAAGCUUCCCUCUGUGUCAGUGAGUCCCUCUGCUGAGAUAGUGGAGGGCAGUUCAGUGACUCUGACCUGUAGCAGUGAUGCUAACCCAGCAGCUAACUACACCUGGUACAAGACAGUAAACCCCAGACCUCUCAGUGAAGGACCACAGCUUGUCUUCAGCUCCAUCCAGUCCUCUGACUCUGGACAGUAUUACUGCACAGCAGAGAACAAGCUGGGGAGGAGGACGUCUAAUGACUUCACCAUGGAUGUGAAAUAUGCUCCAAAGCUUCCCUCUGUGUCAGUGAGUCCCUCUGCUGAGAUAGUGGAGGGCAGUUCAGUGACUCUGACCUGUAGCAGUGAUGCUAACCCAGCAGCUAACUACACCUGGUACAAGAACAACCAAACACUGCUUCAAGGAUCAGAAGGCAUCUAUCAUUUCACCUCCAUCAGCUCUGAGGACAGCGGGAGUUACCACUGCAUGUGUCAGAAUCAACAUGGACGGAUCAACUCUACUUCUCUAUUUGUAAAUGUCCAGUAUGCUCCAAAGCUUCCCUCUGUGUCAGUGAGUCCCUCUGCUGAGAUAGUGGAGGGCAGUUCAGUGACUCUGACCUGUAGCAGUGAUGCUAACCCAGCAGCUAACUAUACCUGGUACAAGGAGAACCAAACACUGCAUCAUGGACCAGAAAACAUAUAUCCUUUCCCCAAUAUCAGUUUAAAGGACAGCGGGAUCUACUACUGCAAGUCUGAGAAUAAGUAUGGCAAGAACAACUCCACAGCUGUUCACAUAGAUGUCCAGUAUGCUCCAAAGCUUCCCUCUGUGUCAGUGAGUCCCUCUGCUGAGAUAGUGGAGGGCAGUUCAGUGACUCUGACCUGUAGCAGUGAUGCUAACCCAGCAGCUAACUACACCUGGUACAAGAAGACCAUAAACCCCAGACGUCUCAGUGAAGGACCACAGCUUGUCUUCAGCUCCAUCCAGUCCUCUGACUCUGGACAGUAUUACUGCACAGCAGAGAACGAGCUGGGGAGGAGGACGUCUAAUGACUUCACCAUGGAUGUGAAAUAUGCUCCAAGAGUUCCCUCUGUGUCAGUGAAUCCCUCUGGUAAAAUCACGGAGGGCAGUUCAGUGACUCUGACCUGCAGCAGUGAUGCUAACCCAGCAGCUAAAAAGACCUGGUACAUGGAAAACCAAAAAGUGCUUCAAGGAUCAGACGGUGUAUAUCAGUUCAUGUCCAUCAGCUCUGAAGACAGAGGGAAGUACUACUGCACAUCUGAGAAUCAACAUGGACGGAUUAACUCUUCAUCCAUUUUUAUAGAUGUCCAGUAUGCUCCAAAGCUUCCCUCUGUGUCAGUGAGUCCCUCUGCUGAGAUAGUGGAGGGCAGUUCAGUGACUCUGACCUGUAGCAGUGAUGCUAACCCAGCAGCUAAAUAUACCUGGUACAAGGAGAACCAAACACUGCAUCAUGGACCAGAAAACAUAUAUCCUUUCCCCAAUAUCAGUUUAAAGGACAGCGGGAUCUACUACUGCAAGUCUGAGAAUAAGUAUGGCAAGAACAACUCCACAGCUGUUCACAUAGAUGUCCAGUAUGCUCCAAAGCUUCCCUCUGUGUCAGUGAGUCCCUCUGCUGAGAUAGUGGAGGGCAGUUCAGUGACUCUGACCUGUAGCAGUGAUGCUAACCCAGCAGCUAAAUACACCUGGUACAAGAAGACCAUAAACCCCAGACCUCUCAGUGAAGAACCACAGCUUGUCUUCAGCUCCAUCCAGUCCUCUGACUCUGGACAGUAUUACUGCACAGCAGAGAACGAGCUGGGGAGGAGGACGUCUAAUGACUUCACCAUGGAUGUGAAAUAUUCUCCAAGAGUUCCCUCUGUGUCAGUGAAUCCCUCUGGUAAAAUCAUGGAGGGCAGUUCAGUGACUCUGACCUGCAGCAGUGAUGCUAACCCAGCAGCUAAAAAGACCUGGUACAUGGAAAACCAAAAAGUGCUUCAAGGAUCAGACGGUGUAUAUCAGUUCAUGUCCAUCAGCUCUGAAGACAGAGGGAAGUACUACUGCACAUCUGAGAAUCAACAUGGACGGAUUAACUCUUCAUCCAUUUUUAUAGAUGUCCAGUAUGCUCCAAAGCUUCCCUCUGUGUCAGUGAGUCCCUCUGCUGAGAUAGUGGAGGGCAGUUCAGUGACUCUGACCUGUAGCAGUGAUGCUAACCCAGCAGCUAAAUACACCUGGUACAAGAAGACCAUAAACCCCAGACCUCUCAGUGAAGAACCACAGCUUGUCUUCAGCUCCAUCCAGUCCUCUGACUCUGGACAGUAUUACUGCACAGCAGAGAACGAGCUGGGGAGGAGGACGUCUAAUGACUUCACCAUGGAUGUGAAAUAUGCUCCAAGAGUUCCCUCUGUGUCAGUGAAUCCCUCUGGUAAAAUCAUGGAGGGCAGUUCAGUGACUCUGACCUGCAGCAGUGAUGCUAAGCCAGCAGCUAAAAAGACCUGGUACAUGGAAAACCAAAAAGUGCUUCAAGGAUCAGACGGUGUAUAUCAGUUCAUGUCCAUCAGCUCUGAAGACAGAGGGAAGUACUACUGCACAUCUGAGAAUCAACAUGGACGGAUUAACUCUUCAUCCAUUUUUAUAGAUGUCCAGUAUGCUCCAAAGCUUCCCUCUGUGUCAGUGAGUCCCUCUGCUGAGAUAGUGGAGGGCAGUUCAGUGACUCUGACCUGUAGCAGUGAUGCUAACCCAGCAGCUAAAUACACCUGGUACAAGAAGACCAUAAACCCCAGACGUCUCAGUGAAGAACCACAGCUCGUCUUCAGCUCCAUCCAGUCCUCUGACUCUGGACAGUAUUACUGCACAGCAGAGAACGAGCUGGGGAGGAGGACGUCUAAUGACUUCACCAUGGAUGUGAAAUAUGCUCCAAGAGUUCCCUCUGUGUCAGUGAAUCCCUCUGGUAAAAUCAUGGAGGGCAGUUCAGUGACUCUGACCUGCAGCAGUGAUGCUAACCCAGCAGCUAAAAAGACCUGGUACAUGGAAAACCAAAAAGUGCUUCAAGGAUCAGACGGUGUAUAUCAGUUCAUGUCCAUCAGCUCUGAAGACAGAGGGAAGUACUACUGCACAUCUGAGAAUCAACAUGGACGGAUUAAUUCUUCAUCCAUUUUUAUAGAUGUUCAGUAUGCUCCAAAGCUUCCCUCUGUGUCAGUGAGUCCCUCUGCUGAGAUAGUGGAGGGCAGUUCAGUGACUCUGACCUGUAGCAGUGAUGCUAACCCAGCAGCUAACUACACCUGGUACAAGGAGGAUGAAGACUCACCAAAAGCAUCAGGACACAUCUUCACCAUCACUGACAUCACAGCUGAACACAGUGGGAAUUAUUACUGUGAAGUUCAGAACACAAGAGGACGUCAUAACUCCACCUUACAUCUGAUUGUUGUGGCAGAUAAAUCAACAAUGAUCAUAACGAUCAUCAGUUUAACUCUGGUUGUCAUGUUGAUUCUACUGCUUCUGUUUUGUCUGUGGAUCAGGAAGAAGAAAACUCUGAGCUGCACCAGUGAACCAAAUGAACCCAAAGAGACUCCAGAGUUGGUCCAAAACAAGUCUGCAGCAGAGACAGAAGACACCAAGGAGGAGGAAGAAAUGGUGUGAAGGUCAGCCAGGUUUGAUGCUGCUGCAGUGCCUCAAAAGAAGAACUCUAAUUAAUCUCCACUGAUGAGUUUUCAGGUUUCAGUCGCAGAUGAUGAGAUGAGAUACAUACUUAUUGAGCUCCAGAGGGGAAACUCAGGUCCUGCAGCGGCAUAAAGACAGAAAUGAGUGCAGAUAAUAAGGAAAGUUAAAAAUAGAAUAAAAUAAAUGCUAUACACAACUAGUAGAACAAUAGAAGUAAAAAUAAAAACUAAACAAGUAAUUAAAGACAAUGUUACAAGGUAAAGUGACACUGGUUUGGUUAAUAGCAGCAAUUGAGCUUUCGCUAAGCCCGCCCCUUUGUGAUGGUCCGACAAGCUGUCAGAGUAAGCAUGGAGCCCACACUGUCACUAACAAACUGACUCAGCAGCAACAACAGGUUAAAAAGACAAAGAUAGUUAGAAGCUAAAGCUGAACUAUAGGCUACAGAUCACAGUGUAAAAGUGAACCACCACAUCACUGCUGAUCGCCACACAAGACAAUGAAUAUAAAGGGAAACUUUGCUGAUAUUGAACCAGCUGUGUGGCAUCACAGUGUGUGCACAUGAACAGUGUUUGGCUUCACCCCCGUGCUGCUGCCAGCACCUGGACCUCCGCUGCCACACAGGAAGUCAAACAGCGUUCAUCUGCGCACACUGUGAUGACACACAGCUGGUUGAAUAUCAGCAACGUUUCCCUGCUUCCCUUCACUGGUUCCUGUACAGCAGGGUCGGCCUUUGUUUCACUGUUAUAAUCACUACAAAGCAAAAGCAGCAUGUGUAUACAUUCAGUAGGCUGUAUCUUCAGUAGCUAGCUAGCUAACUCUACACUUUUCAGGGUUUGAUUUUGGUUUUGGAACAGGGAAGAAACGUAUAUCUUUUUCCAACCUCUCCAGGUAACGAGUAUCAUUAAUACACGACGUGCCCCAGGCACAACAUUUAGCUCCAAAUCUACAAAACCAGCCUGAAAAUAAAGGAAAUCUGACACGACUGUGUUUCGUACCCUGGUCUGAGCCAGCCCGAUGCUAUGUUAUGAUUGGCCAGUCUGCAUCCAGGGGCGGGACUUAGCAAAGGGUCAAUUCAGUAAGUCUAGUACUGUGUAGAAUGCUAACUUUAUUUGUACCUGUACUCGUAGCUACGAGAGGUGACUGAAAAGUUUUGAGCCUCAAGGAAACAAAACAAGAUACAGAUUUUUCAGUGCUUUUAUUUUUCAGUAAAAUCCCCCUCAAGGGCAUCAUACUAUACCUUUAUCCCAGUGGAAAAGAACUCCUGUGCAAGAGUCACAAGACAACCACAGAGCGUAAACUUUUGAGAAGCCAAGCUCAUUCAUCAGAAUAUGGUCUGCAUGCUCCUAUGAGAUGCCCAAACUUUUCAGUCACCCCUCGUACAUUACACAUGCUCAGGAUUUGACUUGGUAUGCGAAAUGUUAUUUUAGAUUUCAAUGUAAUAAAACUCUUUAAAGAAAUCAGCCUAUCACAUCACAGCUGCCCUGGCAGAGACAGCCAGUCAUGUCAAAACAGGCAGGGACACAAAAUAUUUCUCUAUAUACGGUGUAUUUUUUAUAUAACACACUGAAAGCCAUAAGCACGGUUCUAUCACAGUUUGCUAGCUGUGACCUUUUCAAAGUGUCGCAGUGUAUGAUUGAAAUAAACAUGCAGCGUCCACAUCAGCUCUGGAAAUUGAAUGUCAGUUCUGUCUCCCUGCUGCAGAGGCUGAUAGUGUGCAGAACGUUUCUGAUUUCAGCUUUAAACAAACUCUUUUUUUGUGUUGAUUAUUCAAAGUACAGUUUUUGUUUAUUAGUACUGAUAUGUAUAUAUAUACUAUACUGUAAUGUUAACAGUUUGUUCAGGCAGAAGGAUCCGUUAUAUAAAAUGUGAUCACUCCUUCAGCGAUUUAAGUCCUGAGGUGAUCAGCAGCAAUAGCCAGAUGCUCGUAGAGGUAACACACCUGCUGUUCAUGUCUCCGUGAAGGAAUGUAGGCCAGGUUAAGCAAGGUCACCUGGGAACCUUAACCUGUAAUGUUUCUGGACACGAUAACAACUUCCAUACUUCACAUAAAAUCAAGACAGUUAACAUGGUGAGUUACCUCCGUGUUAAAUCAAAAUACUGUGUGAAUGUGUCAUCGUUACCACACUUGUGUCUGUUAAAGACCACAACACAGCAUUUAGGAUAUGUUGCCAUGUCUCCUUGUGCUUGUUCGGUGUCUCUUUGAAAUAAUAUUAUGUCUCAUUGAGGUAUUGUCUUUUGGGUCAGUUUGUGUCUAUUUGUAGUUAUCUUGGGUCUCUUUGAGGUCUUUUUGUGUCUUACUGAUGUAAUGUUUGUGUCUCAGGUCAUUUUGUGUUUUACUAAUGUAAUUUUUUUUUUAUCUCUUUGAGGUCAUUUUGUAUCUGAUUAUGGUCAUCUUGUGUCUUACGAAUGUAAUUUUUUUGUCUCUUUGAGGUCAUUUUGUAUCUGAUUAUGGUCAUCUUGUGUCUUACGAAUGUAAUUUUUUUGUCUCUUUGAGGUCAUUUUGUGCCUUUCGUGGUGGUUUUGUAUCUCUUUGAAGUCUUUUUGUGCCCUUUGCAGUCAUGUGUCUCUGAGGUCAUUUUGUGUCUUACUGAUGUAAU